AUGUCCAACUCGGUGCAUGCGGGCGAAGGGCCGAGUCAUCUUGAACUAUCAUCAACCGAGAUUCACGUUUUUGUUUUGUUACGCGAAGCAUUGAAAAAUCGAUGCUGGCCCGCGCGGGAAGGCGAGCUCGCGCAAGAUGGAAACCCAGAACGACAAAGACGUUGUUGCGUAGACGCUUACCAGCUGAUGGCAGAAGCGGCGAACGGAGAAGGACGAGCGGCUUGGAUUUUGGCCAGCGAAAACUGGAAAAUGCGCCAUUCAGUUCAACCGGACUCUGUUGUGCCUGGAAAUCCUCCACGACGUUCGUACUUCGAUGAUGGGAGCGGAUCUUAUCGUGAAAAAAAAGUUACCGGGGAAGUCAGGUUGAACUCUGUUCAAGCGAGAACAAUUUUGCAACUGGUUGCUGACCCCGAAUUCCUAGCAGUUUCAGAGGGAGCGCUCUACUGGUUUCCUGAUCAAAUUGUAAACAUAGACUUCUUGGCUGGUAUGCGCAGGAUCACACAGCAGGACACGAAAGCUCUCAUCCCUGGCGCGCACGCCCUAACAUUAGGCGCAGUAAACGAGUUUAUGGCCCGGUGGGACUCUGCAAAUUUCCUUCAUACUGUAGAAGGGUCAAUGCGUGCGCUUGACUUUUUGACAUUCGUGCGCCUCGCAUCGCGUGGUACAGGCCAUUCGAUGCACUCAGUCGUCCCAAUCAAUCCAGAUAGGACUACCGUUGACUAUACCAACAUUUACCCGAAACGGAGCACUUCCGCAGUGCCUCACGCAACAAAACAGCAGGCCACCUCUGUCCGCGAAGAGUUACGGAAGGUUGCAAGGCGUGCAACACAUGAUCGAGAGACCAUCGUUCUGAUCGAUUCUUUGAGACAAGAAUAUUCGUCAUGGGUCGCGUGUAAUCCGAGUGCGGCGGGCGGAGGAGAAUGUGAUCCCAGUUUUAGGGCAGAAUUUGUUUUCGGAAGGCAAAGCGUCAUGGGACGACUCGCACCUGCUCCAAGUCUUGCGCUGUGUCUUGCGGCUGUUGAUGAGACACUGUCAGGCUACGUCUCACCAAUAGGAGCACGGCUUGCACUUGCUCAUUUUGGGUUGUUUCUGACUGCGCGUGAAACAUUCAUGAUCGGAUACGCCUUGAGAAGUAUCUUAGGGUCGAGCUCAUCAAUGUCAAGGUGGGCAAUAGUGGACAUCCUCGACCUUUUUAAUGCAUCAGCUUUGCCCGACGGCUUUGACGGACGCGUUGCUGUUCGUAGAUGGCUAGACUCAGCCAAAGAAACCGUGUCAAAGUACCUCGAGGAUGGCGAAUCAGGUUUCGACAACAGAGAGCUGCUCAGGUUUCUGCCGAUAGGUUCUAAAGAAGUUCUUGCAGCAAUUCAGUCUGUCGUACAUGCAAGUUUAACAAGGUACCGCCAACUUGCUCGCUUCUGUUGCAUUCUUGGCGAGCACAAUGAAGAUUGCUCGGGUUGCGACCGAGACGCAGCUACAAUAUCGCUUUCAAAUCUCAAAUAUGCUGUCAAGCUAAUAGGUAACCACCCGUCAUCGUUUCUGAGACAGCAGAGGCUCAACACAUUGGCUGAUUUGUUUAUAGCACCAUUAACGGAUUCCACAAAAGGUAGAUCUUCUGAGAAACGCUUAUACUGGCACAAGCUUUUGCGCAGAUGUAGCCCUCUGCAUGCGUUGCUAGCAUUCGAGAGGUCACAUGAUACAGGGGCGGGAGGAGUCGAUGCGGAUGAGCCAAAGUUUGACAAGGACGCAGAAGCUGUAUGCUCAUCUUUUGCCAGCUGGAUUUAUGAUAAGGGAUUUGUUGCUCUUUGCCGUGAGUUUGAGAAGCGAGACACCGAUAAGACGGGCUCUUUGAAAUCGGACGAGUUCAAAACUGCGGCCAUAGCUGCUGGAUACGGAUCUGAGUUAUUCAGCGCUGAACCCAUGCGAUGGGUGAUAGCUGCCUGUCAUCAUCAUGCUCAAGAGAAAUGCAUAUCCUAUGCAAAAUAUCUUGCGAUUAUUUUGCUCGGACUGGAGAAGAUUGUUGGCUACUUUUAGAUUCAUAUAAUUUCAGUCGAGUCUUCAUGCAAAAUAUGCUGUGACUGUGAAAUUUUGACUGCGAGCUACCUAGAAUGCGUCAGCGCUGAUCUAAAUGUACCCGCAAAGGUAGAACACCCACAUAGAAAAAAAAGUGCUCUGGAACUUAUAAUUAGUCACGUCGGGGUCACUUUCCGCAGCAACUUUCCGAAGCAAAAGUCUUCAAAAAUGACAUCGAGAAGUUCCUCUACGUCUAGGUGACCCGUGAGCUGACCAAGAGUUUGAGCCGCCAAGCGCAACUCCUCAGCAGCAAGCUCGUGACAGUUGCCAAUCAAAUGAAAGAAUCAGAGAAAAAUGAUACGCUGCCCUCUUUCCCUCGACUCGGUAAGUGAAUAAUUGAAGACAGAGAGAUAAAGUUUUGAAGAUGGGAUGCACAUUCUUCCAAAUGAUGCCUAUGUCGCUGGCGCGUGAUGGCCUCGACAUCUUCGCCUCCAGAAAAUUCUAAGUGCCUCACAACGCAUUCUUCAGAGCAGCUACGAAACUGUCAACUCCUUCAUGGGUAAGGGAUGAUACAAGUAUUGCUUUAUCACCCCAUCGUGCUUUCUGUUCAUGGGUGAUAAGGUCCGACUUGUUCAUCACGGUUAGGUGCGUCUUUGCCUCAUGUCGCCCGGUGCCCCGCAUCCAACCAGGGAGCUCCCUAUCCUCCGUUGCUAAAAUUGAUUCUGCAUCAACGACAAGCACAGUCAGGUCAGCCGAUCUUGCGAGCUACUCUGUAAUUUUGAUCUCCUCAGUCUCUACGGG